CUCUUGAUGUUCUGUGAGCAUAACCUCACCUUUAUCUAUUGUCCAUGUUGUUGUUUAUUUAAUUGUCAGUGUAUUUUUUAGUGUUUUCACUAGUUAUGUGAAUCUGUUUGGUGGUGUAAUGGUGGAAGUGUUCACACUACGUGGAGUAAGAGCACUGUUGUUUGUGGCUGAACUUCGGAGUGAUGUAAUGUGAAGAGUCAUCAUUUAGAGAUUAGUAAAAUCUGAUUGGUUUUCCUAGUGUUCAAAGGGCCCAGAAACCAUUCCAGAUGGACGUGAAAACGGAAUUAGAAGUUGAUAUCAAAGAGGAAUUUGAAGUUGUUAGAAAUAUAGUAAAAGUAGAAGACAAACCUGGGGAAUACGAAAACGAUUCGAUCGAUGCGGGCAUUAAUAGAUCAACAUCAACAAACCACGAAUGUGGGCAGUGUAGAAGAACAUUUUCAAAAAGCUAUUACCUGAAACAGCACAUGUUAUCGCAUUCGGUGGAACGUCCGUUUCAGUGCGAUAUUUGCUACUUAACGUUCAAACGGCGUCAUUAUUUGGACACUCAUCGAAAUAGGCACCCCAAGAAAACACGGGCUGAACCAAACAUCGAACCGGCUAUUAAUGGUGAAACAACCGAAAUAAAACAUGAUGAAGUCGGCACCUUAAAUCCCGCAAACGGCGAAACGUUAAGCACAUACAAAUGCCACAAAUGCAAUCAAGACUUUCCAUCGUCGAGCCUUCUGUUGGAACAUUCCCGAUUGCAUUCGAACGAAAGUAUUUUCCAAUGCGAUCUUUGCAAUGCUAAGCUCAGAAGCGAAGACCGUUUCAACUAUCACCGGAAGUUGCAUGCCAGACAAAACCCUAUAGAGUGCGUAAUUUGCGAAAAAUCGUUUCUGUGUAAGGCUUUACUCACCAAGCACAUGGUGACGCAUUCAGAAAAACGACCCUAUCAAUGCGAGUUUUGCGACUUCAGGUGCAAGUAUCGAUCGCAGCUCAAUUUUCAUCGAAAUACGCACACGAAGGAGAAGAGCUACCACUGCCAAUACUGUGGCAAAGAGUUUCUGACUCCACCGAACUUAUACGCUCAUUUGAGGAGUCAUUCAGAAGAACUGCCUUUUGAGUGCGACAUUUGUUAUGGAGCGUUCAAAUUGAAGAAAUACCUCACUCGACACCGGCUGACACAUGUGAAGAAGAAUUUUAAAGUUUAGCUAAUUAGAUUGGUAAAUCAGUCUGCACGACAGAAUAGUCCAGUUUUUCCAAAUUCCACGUCAAUAAAAGACAGCAAUGUUUGUUUAAAAUGGAACGAGGCAUCAACAACCAGCAUUACAGACAAAGUGUGAACCAGUUUGAAAACUGUAGAAGCAGAAUAGUUGAAGGCUUGAAACAAGGUUUAAAACAUGAAGAGUGUCUAAAGGGUUAUUUGCCUUGCGUAAGUUUUUUUUGGAGGUUCACUAAUGCCGAAAACAUUCCAAAAAGCCUGAAGUUUUUCAGUACACUUGCGCUUAGUUUGCUCUUUACUUUAUACGGAAACAUCUAUUUAAGGAAAAUCCCUUUAGUAAGUGAAAGGAGUUUUCAAAAUUAUCGUAUCAUCAAAAUAACAUCAGGCGAAAUACUUAAUGAUUGCACCUAAUUUUUUGGUUCUUCAGAUCUACGCUCCCUGAUUGAUACAAUCAUUCUGUACAUUUCGAAUAUAUUGGAAAAUGAAAUGAGAUACCUGGAUGUAUUAAUUCAAAUUUAUUUACCGAUAUGUACCCAUUAUGUUAGAUUUAUGUUCACGCUUCUAUAUAAUUUCAUAACCAUAGUAUAAAAGCUUGCAACAGUCACGUUUCAAUGCUCUUAUACCGCAAAACAGAUGCAAUAUAAUUAGAUUUCUUCAGUAA